CCUGAGCAGGAUUCGAUUUCAUGUCAGCAGCCCUCCCCAGCCUUCCCAAAAUAAGCCUCCACGGGCAGCCAUCGCGGGGAAAGCGAGGAGCCGAUAUUUUUAGGGCCGGUGAUUGCGACCACGUGCCCGGCCGGGGGGGAGGCGGACGGUCCCAGCCAGAGGCUGCUCCCGGCCAUGGCCCACGGAGCCGGGGUCCCGACUACCUUCCCGGCGCUGCUGGUCCUGGGCCUGCUGGCCAGCACGGCGGGCGCCCGGGCGCCGGGAGGCCGGCCGGCCCUGGCAGCCGGGCCUGGGGCCGGGCUGGCCGGGGGCCGCGGCUGGGAGAGAGACUACUGGACAGGGGUGCGGAGGCGGCGGAGGCUGUACUGCGGCGUGGGCAUCGGCUUCCACCUCCAGGUCCACCCAGACGGACGGGUCAGCGGGACCCACCACGAGAGUCCCUACAGCCUGCUGGAGAUUUCGGCGGUCGAGCGAGGUGUGGUCAGCCUGUAUGGAGUGGAAAGUCUCCUGUUUGUCGCCAUGGACAAGAGAGGGCGAUUGUACGGCUCGGCCGGGUUCCAGGAAGAGUGCAAGUUCCGGGAGACCCUCCUGCCCAACCACUACAACGCCUACGAGUCCAGCCCGCACCGGGGCAGCUUCAUCGCCCUCAGCAAGCGCGGCCGGCCCAAGCGCGGGACCAAGGUGUCUCCUGCCAUGACCGUCACGCACUUUCUGCCCCGGCUCUGAGGCCAUGGGGGCCGGGAGGGGACGGGACCUUGAGGACUUUUUCACGCCCAUUGACCCGUCCGGCUCCGGCCCCCCACCCACGGUUUUCCUUUCCUCGCCAGGCGGGUACCGGUAAUCAAAGCCCCUCCCCUUUGUGACCUUUCCACUCCCCCCUCCCCGCUGCCUCCGGAGCGCCCAGUGGGACCGGAGCCCAGCCGGACCCCGAGGAGGAGCGGGAUGAGGAGGGAGUGGUGUGUGCUGACUGUGGGGCGGGUGGAGGCGUCCAUACGUUGAGUUCUAUAAGCUUAGAUGAAAGAGUUAAGACCCCCCCCCCCCCCCCCCCUCACAUACACACACAGAGCACGUAGGUCAGACUUUAUU